UAUUAACAUUUCCAACUCCAUAAGUUUACAUUUCCGACUCUAUUAAGUUAACAUUUCCUGCUCUAUAGGGAACUACAAGUCAAUGGAGUUUUGUCACAGAGUUCAGUUAUUGAUUCCUUUGGUUUAUGUGAUUGCUCUUUUUUCCACCAUUUUCGCUGUUGUUUCUGCAUCCAACGAGUUUUGUGAUUCCACAUUUGUUUAUGGAGAUUCUGGGUGCAAUGCUCCACCGUCAGUUUCAUCAAAGAUGCUGAUAAAAGGAGGAACAGUAGUGAACGCUCAUCACAAGGAGGUCGCUGAUGUGUAUAUAGAAGAUGGAAUAAUCGUGGCAGUGCAGCCUAACAUUAAGGUUGGUGAUGAUAUCAGAGUCAUUGAUGCAACUGGAAAGUUUAUCAUGCCAGGAGGAAUUGAUCCUCACACACACCUCGCUAUGGAAUUUAUGGGUUCUGAGACAAUUGAUGACUUCUUCAGUGGACAGGCGGCUGCAUUAGCUGGUGGAACAACAAUGCAUAUUGACUUUGUUAUUCCGGUAAAUGGAAGCUUAUCUGCAGGUUAUGAAGCUUACGUAGAGAAAGCAAAGAGGUCAUGCAUGGAUUAUGGUUUUCACAUGGCAAUUACAAAAUGGGAUGAAACUGUUUCAGAGGAUAUGGAAAUUAUGGUCAAGGAGAAAGGUAUCAACUCUUUCAAGUUUUUCCUUGCUUACAAAGGAUCUUUUAUGGUUAAUGAUGAGCUUCUUAUGGAGGGAUUGAAGAGAUGCAAGUCCCUUGGUGCCUUAGCUAUGGUUCAUGCAGAAAAUGGGGAUGCUGUAUUUGAAGGUCAAAAAAGAAUGAUUGAACUUGGUAUUACUGGUCCAGAGGGACAUGCAUUAUCAAGGCCUCCAGUGCUGGAGGGAGAGGCUACUGCUCGAGCUAUUCGCUUGGCUGGCUUUGUGAACACUCCACUGUAUGUUGUUCAUGUCAUGAGCAUUGACGCGAUGGAAGAAAUUGCCAGAGCUCGGAAGUCAGGUCAGAGAGUUGUCGGGGAGCCAGUAGUUUCAGGUUUAGUUCUUAAUGAUUCAGUACUUUGGGACCCUGACUUCCAUUUUGCAGCUAGGUAUGUGAUGAGCCCACCAAUCAGAGCAGUAGGUCAUGGGACAGCUCUUCAAGGAGCUCUUGCAACGGGGCUUCUGCAGCUGGUAGGAACUGAUCACUGUACCUUCAACUCAACUCAGAAAGCCCUAGGAAUUGGUGAUUUCCGGAAAAUACCGAAUGGUGUUAAUGGUAUGGAGGAAAGGAUGCAUUUGGUUUGGGAUACUAUGGUGGCAUCUGGUCAAAUAUCUGUCACUGAUUAUGUCCGCAUAACAAGCACUGAAUGUGCUCGUAUUUUCAAUGUCUAUCCAAGGAAGGGAGCAAUACUUGUUGGGUCUGAUGCAGAUAUAAUCAUAUUAAAUCCAAAUUCGAGCUUCGAGAUUAGUUCAAAGUCACACCAUUAUAGGACAGAUACCAAUGUCUAUGAGGGUUGGAGAGGCAAGGGAAAGGUUGAAGUUACAAUUGCAGGAGGAAGGAUUGUUUGGGAAAAUGAUGAGCUGAAAGUUGUUCGUGGUGCUGGCAAGUACAUUGAAAUGCCACCUUUUAGUUAUCUCUUUGACGGGAUAGACAAGGCAGAUGCAAAGUACCUCUCUUCCUUAAGAGCACCAGUAAAACGGUCAACAACUUGAUUUAGCAAAUUCAGUUUUCAUUUUCAGUAAAAGAGAUUUGUUUCCAUUCACUGGUAAAUACAGAACAACUAUAAGGACAUUUUUGCUCCUGUAGUGUUACUAGGCCAUUGGGCACAUAAUGUUGUUUUAUCAAAUUGAUGUUUAUUCCAUAAAGGAUAUUGUACAAUGGUGUAUAGCUGGAUUACUGAAUGGAGAUUAAAAUUUUAACUCA